AGAACAAGGUAGAGCAGCAGUCCUAGGAUGGCUAGGAGUGACGACUCAAUUCAGUCUCAGAAAACACAGUGAAGCGUCAAGCCUCUGGGAGAAAAGAACCGGAAUUUUGGCACCAACCAAGACAUCGGAACGACGAUGAUGGUGAUGAUGAUUCCGGUGUUGCAUUUCUGUUUGAAAACGAGAGACAGCGGAGUUUUAUCGCACCCAGUGCUUGUGACGAUCCAUAAUUCAUACAAGCAAUUCAAUUCAAGUGAGCAAACAUGGCACCUCAAUGAUGAUUAAGUGAACAUCUAAAUCAAGACAAAUGGUUUUGUUGUGUCGGUUUGGUGACAUGUUUUUCCCGACCAUGGCCGUGCUUGAAAUGUGAUGCUCGGAGGGAUUGGCGUUCAUAUCGUGUCCACAUCCUUCGAUGUAUUCCACUCCUGGCUAUGGAUGAGGUGAUCGUUCAUCUAAAACCUUUGGGUCCAAGUCAUUCCAUUGUGAGGGAUGUGAUAGUUCAAUCUCAUUCUUGGAUCGGAAAGCCGCCGAGCAUCAUGGGCGAUGAGGAUUCGUUGCUCAUGGAUCACUUUGUUGAGGACUUCAAUCAAAACCAUUGGGACUGCGAUGGGUGUCCUCCACCAUUUUUCGCACUUCCACCUCCUCCUCGGCCUCCAUUCUUGACUGUUGAGGGCGAGGACGAGCUCUGCACCAAAGACACCUCGCCUUAUGAGACCUGCGAUAAUCCAAUAAUCAUUGACUCUCAUUUUCAUACCAGCAAUGAGUUGCUCAAUAUUAUUCUGAUUGUGAUAUUUGCCUUUCUUCUGGUUGGCAUCAUACUUGUCAUUGCUUUCAUUAUUUGGAGAAAACGAGUCAAUCUGUUGAGUCCAUUCCGGGGAAAAUCCCGACACCAUGGGUCCUCGUCCUCCACAUUGCCAGUGGAUCCCAACAACCAUCACCAGCUUCAUCCUGAUCAUCAAAUGGGUUUCCAGAAGUCCGACUUCCCCUUUUUCAAUCCUCAGCAGAGUCACAAACCCUCCAACAGCAUUGAGUUAGCCGAGCACCCCCUCCCGGUGUCGAGUUCAACAAAUCGACAUGUCUAUUCCAAUCCCAAUUAUCCAACUUUGGAAAUUGGUGGAUUGCCCUUCUACUUGAUGCCAGCUGGAGAUGUGGUGGGAGGGAUGCCUUCGCAUUUGGCGCGGGGAGGGCCGGCUUCGUCCCCCUUGGGUGCUCUUUCCAAAGACACAAGUUUAACGAGUCCGGCCAACGGAGGAUCACCUCCUUUCUCCGUGGGUGUGGGUCAACAUCUACCGAUACAGUCUCAGUUUAGUGCUUUGAACCAAUCGCCUCAAAUUGGGGAGAACCAUUUUUAUGAGCCCAGUGGUUCAAGUGUGACAUCUUCUCGGGGCCCGAUUUACGAAGAUAUUGAUCGGAUGUGUUCCUACCGAGGGGCUCCCCCCGAACCUCUGGCCAAUAACCAAGACCGGUUCCCCAAACCUGAAGAGUCCGAGGAUCUUAGUUCCACUCCCCUGGGUGGAUGUGUCAGAAAUAAUCUUACGCCGGACGCUGAGAGAACAUACUGUAAUGUGAUGCCGGCCUCGAAGUCUCCCAAUAAGAAGGGUGCUCGUCCGGACUCGAGUGGGAGCACCUCAUCCCCGGUGCCUUGUGGGACCAGCUCGAGCGAGGUGAGUUUUGACAGUGGAAGCAGUCCCCGACACAAUAUUGUGGUCAAUCCAAUGAGCCCGCAAGCCUUGGCUCGGAUCCGAGGAAUGUCGCCCACUCCCAGUGACAGGACUCGAUCCCCCAAUUCCGUGUAUGCUGCCAAAUUGGCCUCUCAAACUCGAUCACCAGGGGGUAAAUCUUCGGUUUACUACUAUAGUGAUACGCUGCGUCCUCGAACGAAUCGCGGGUUUACCGAUUCCGACUCGGGCAUAAGCAACAAUCGAAGUACCAGCGAGGACACGCCUCCACCGCCACUGCCUUCACAACGACUCCACAUUCAACCUCGAAAUAGCGCAGUGUCCAGUUUCGAUCACCAGUCCCCCGCUAGAUCUUCAAAAUCAAGACCCAAAUCAUCGAAGAAGAGUAAUUUCAGCACAGCCCAAGUGUGAUUUUGAGAAGAGCCCAUUUCGACCCUUUUCUAUGUUAGAAAGACGACGAGGAAGAACAAGUUCCUCACCCUGGAUUCGGUCGACCCUUCCUCGUUCUGCCAUGCUCUAGACAGACCCUCUCCGAUUCGUCCCCUUUCCCCCUCUUCCUCAACACAAUGUUCUUCGCUCUUCAGAAGAACGCCCAAAGCAAAAGUGAUAUUGCCCAUCUUAACUAGUCUCCUCAAGUUUUUCUAAAGUCAAUAAAUUGGGAACGACAUCAGAUGGUUGGUUCUCCUAUAGUUGAA